AUGUAUAAUAGUAAUGAUAUAUUAAACGGAGAGUUUAAUAUACAAAAGUGUAGUCAUUUAACUGAUAAAUUAGAAUCUAAUACAGAAUGUAACAUAAACAAUUGUAAUAUAAAUAGAUUUAAUCCCAGAAUAAGUGUACUAUAUGAUAUACUGAAUAAUAAAUGUAAAUUGAAUAAAAAUUGGAAUUUUAAAGUCGAUUUAAUUUCAUACAAGUCAAUAGAUGACAUAAAUUUUUUAAAUAAUUUAAAUUCCUUCCAAUCGUAUCUUGAUACGAAGUAUAAAAAAGGAAAGAAUGUAGUUGAAAAUAUAGAUGAAAUAGGAGACUCGAAUUCAGUAACUCUGGAUGAUGAGAAUGAAGAAAUAUUGAAGUAUAUAACCUAUUACUUUGUAGAAUUCGUCUGUGAAAUCGAGAGGAAGUUGAAAAUCAAGAAUUAUAAACAGAAAAUUGUCAAAUUACUUCUAAUAAUACCAAAUAUUAAGGAUUAUAUAACUAACUAUGUUAGUGAUAUUGUGGUCCAAUUACCUCAAAACACUUUACAAAUCGCUCUGUACUAUAAUAUCUAUAUAACCUUAUCCUUGAUUAUAGAAAAUAAUCUAGGAAGUUUAAGGUUAAAUACACUUUCUAACACAAUAAUAAACACAUACAUUAACAACAGGAAAAUACACCUAGAGACUGAUGUAUUUGAAUCAGCAGAAGAUGUUGUAGAUUUUUUAUGUACUGGCGGCAGUUCUAAUGUUGUGGUUAAUGAUGGAAUUGUUAGCAAAGUGGAUGAAGUCGUGCUCAAAUGUAUGAAUGUAAUACUAGUUAACCACUUGUACAGUCCAGAAACUAGAGUUCUGAUAGUAAAACUGUUAAAGUAUUUUUAUAAUAUAAUAGCCAACAAUGUGUUGACAAAUGAACACACGACAAUAGUAACAUGUAAUUUUAUAUACACACUGGAAUUGCUAUAUGACCAUUUUCACAUUAGUUUUUACACGAUCCUCUGUAACAUGAGUAGAGAUAAUAGUUUUAAAUUGGUCAAAAAGGUGAAUUAUUUCAAUUAUUUGUACAUUAUAAAGUCAAUUUUAAUAUUUUUGAGCCAUUCAAUCAAGGACUUGGUGGAUAAUGAGGAAAAUUUGAGCUUAAGUCCCCAAUUGGCAGAUGACUGGAUUGAAAUAUUAAAUAAUUGUUAUAAAAUAAUAAUAAGUGAAGUGAUCAGUGACAAUAAUAAAUAUAUCAGCAAUUAUAUCCUACUCCAACUGAUACACCUGUAUUUGAUUAACGUAAACAAAGUAGCUCUACCAUAUUCCGAAAGUAGAAGCGGUGAUAAAUAUCAAUUUAGGAAAGAUUUGGGAGAAAAAUUGGUCAAAUUGUAUAAAUUGCUGUUAGAAAAUGAUAUAAGUGAUAAGAAAAUACUAAAUUAUCUCAUUACAACAAUAAAAAGGAUUGACAUCAAUUUUGAUAUUGGAACCAUUAGUGUUGUUAAAGAAUCCGUAAGUUUGGAGAAAGUGUACGAUUAUUAUAACAAACUAGAAAAUGGAAGCGUAAAAUAUACAAUAUUAGUACACAAUGGACUUAAAUAUAUAAUGUACAAUACAAACACAAAUGAUGUCAUUAGACCUAAGGUUAGUUUAGGACACGUGCUGUGUAAAGGAGUCCCAUUUGUUUCUGAGAAUAAAAUUGACUAUAAAAUGAUAACAAGUGAUAAGUUAACAAUGAUGGAAAAGUUAGUAGUUAACACAAAUGAUAAAUUAAUUAAUUUGAUUCCAAAUUAUAUCAACGUACUGAUAUACAUUAAUCAAAUUAAGACGAGUGAAACUGUGAAUGACUCAUCUAGUAUUGAGUCUGGAGUUAAUGGAGAUCAGUAUAAAGAAGUUUAUGCUAUAAGUAAAGUACUGAAUAAAUAUGAUGUAAGUAAAGUUUUGGAAAAUGUUGAAAGCCCUGAACUUAUCCAACUUAAAGAUCUUAAUUUUCUACUGACUAUUCUUAUAAACAAUCUUAAGAACAUAACAAUUAGUACUAAAACUAGGUCACACUGUAAGUUAAAGCCCAAGUUAUACUCGAUACCAGAAUUGAGUACGUCGCUGUUGAUAACAGGAAGAGGAACAGUGGAUGAGAUUGAAGUUAUUGUGAACGAUAAAUAUAAGCUGGACAAAAAGACGUUUUACUAUAAUCUGUACUAUAAUAACAUAAAUAUAGUGAUGAAUAUAAUAAGGUUCAUUUCAAACCAUAAGAAAUUUCACGAGGUUUUUGUCCUGAAGUUUCUUUUGACACAUGCACUAGAUAACAUUAACUUGUGUAACCACAAUUAUUUCAUAUACCUUAUUAAUAACAUAAUUAGCAAUAUAAUAACUAGAAUGGCACUUGGUGGAGGAAACACUAAAAAUAAUAAAAUUACCGGGUCUGAAGAUAAUGAGGUUUCGGAACAGUCCUUAAUACGAGAAAUAUUAGUGUUGCUGUAUAAUAAGGCAAACAACGAUAUAGUAGUGAAUAUACUCCACAACUUUAUAGUUAAAUUGCACGAAAAUCUAGAGGCUAGGAGAUUAGUCAGAACUCAACCCUUGUUUUCAUGUCUUUUACAUAAGUUGUAUACAUUGUUUAAGGAAGUCAGUGUUGAUGAUAAGUUGUUGUUGUUUAACACUACUCUAAAACUUCAGAACUUGAUAGAGGCAAUUGGUGGCGAGAGAUUUAACGACAGAGAUCAUGAACCAGAUAAGGAGCACCACAGUGUUGUUUUGCUGAAUUACAUCAAGGAAAAUAUAACCCUAUUAAACAGUGUAAAUACAAGUAAGUACGAAGUUAACGUUUAUUACAUUCUGUUAUAUUUGAAUCUCUCCGGCAAUUACAAUAAUCCACGAAGGAAUAGAAUGGUAAACGUUAUUUUGUUUGAUUAUUUAAAAAGAACAUUAGAUGUGGAAGUUCGUGCUGCUAUAGAUGAUAUUAGAACAGACGAUAUACUGGAAACAAUAUUGACGAUAAUUCGACAUUAUUAUGAGAAAUUGAAUUAUUAUAUUAAUAAUAAUGUUAACAUACUGGCUAUUUUUAAUUUACUGUAUCACUACAUUGAAAGUAGUGAUAAUUGUGGCAAUGAGAAUGAAGUGUUGGUUCAAACAUACAGGUAUCUAGUGUGUAUAAUGAAUAAGGUGAUAAACAAGUACAUUUCAUAUAAUAAUAAUAUGCUUUUCUUGGACUGUAGAGGAUAUUAUAUAGAAAAUAGUAUUGAAAGAAAUGGUGAUGGAGGUAAGGAUACAGGAGACGAUGAAGCUAAGCUUAAAAACUAUUUAAUAUACAAGUUAAUGUUUGAAGUGAUAGGCCUAAUUAGGAUUUUAGUGGGGAAGUUGGAUGUAGAUUUACACCGAUUUAACCUGCUGGUGAUCAAUUACAUCAUCAAUAUCAGGAACAUCUCAAUCAUUGACAAAUUCAACAAUUUAUUAAGUAUUACGUUAAAUAAGUUUGUAAAUUCAAGUGCUGGGGUAUCUGACUAUAACAGCGUUAUUAAGGUUAACAAUACUGUAAACGAAGUUGAGAGUGGAUGUGAGUCAGAAGACGGUGUGAGGCUUGAUGAGGCUAACAAAUUAUUUAAGGAUUUUAUUAACAGUUUUAUAGUGAAGCAUUUUUCAAAUUCAGAUGUUAAGAGUAGUAAAAACGGAAUUGACGGGUUUGUUAAGCCGAAAAUUACAGUUAAUUGCACAGCGGAAAAUAAAAAACUGAUGUUUUACAUACACUACAUAAUCAACAUACUGUUGAAUAAUGACUACAUUAACAUUAAAGUAAAUGACACAAUUUCAGGAGAUAGGAAGGGUAAUUUUGACUUUGAUUUUGAGGAAUUCGAAGUUGCAGUAAGUGAAAUGGAUAUAAACAUAAGAUGUGAGUACAUAAGCAUGAUUUUUAUGACGAUCAUAAAGACAAUUAACAGUAAAAACGCAGGAAAUAAAGUCAUGAUGAUCAAUAACAUCAUAAGCCUCCUUUUGGAAGUAAUCAACGAUGUUAACUUCAACGUAGUCAUUAACAUAUUAAGGUACAUUUACAGAUGUGUACACAGCAAGUACAUCAACUCAACAACACUGACCAAUACAAUCCAUUCCAUCAAAUCAAUAUAUGACAACUCUGAUUCUAGGUUCACAAUCAACUGGAAAUUAAACAACAGUAUACUACUAUUAUUAUCAACAAUUAUAUCAUGCCACACAUUAAAUACUAAUGGCCCAAUUAGUCCUAAUAGUUUUAACGAUAAGGAUGUUUCUAAACUUGAUAACCAUGUGAAUGGGAAUGAUAGUGUAAAUAAACUUAACAUUGACCGAGAUGUUACUGAUACAAUACUGAGACUGAUAAAAAAAUAUAAAAACAAGUAUGUAAUCUUGUUUAUAUAUUAUUUUCAUCAAAUAAAUGUUAUUUUGGAAAACAAUAAAAAGGAUAAUUCAUGUGCUGGUCUUAGUUCCCAUGAAACACGGGUUGUCGGUUCAGUGAUAAAAUACUGUAUUAAUAAUAAACUGUUGAGUAAUGAUAAGUUAUACGUUUUGGUAUUUAAAUACUGUUAUAGAACACGACACAAGUUGCUGAAUUAUUUAUUAAACGAUGUUAAGGAUAAUUAUAACGAGAUGAUCUUUUACGUCAAGUUUCACCUAAUCCAAAUAUUGUUCCCUGAUCAAGUAAAUUAUGACGGUCGGUGUGAUAUCCCACCUGAUAGCUUGUUAAUAAUUAAUAUAAUACUGUUAAAACUGUUGAAUGAUUGGGAUAUCAAGAUAAGGAAUGAAGUGAAGGAGAAAAUUAAAAAGGCUUACAUACAAGGUAAUGAAGAUGAAGUAAUAAAUGAAGAGGUUUACAGUUACGAGUAUAUCAUACUAAGUGAUCUGCACGAAUAUAGUAAAACUUUGUUUUAUUCAAUCUCUGAAUAUUUUAUUAGCUUCUACAACACAUUUAUCAGGAGUAAAUUGAGUUCAAAUAAGGGUUCAAUUUCUGAUGAGACUAAUGAUUUGAGUGUGAUAUACGAAGUGGAAGAUGAAGAUGACGGAGGCCUAAAUAUAAUCAAAAACAUAUUGUUAAUUAUAAGAAAUAAAGAAAAGAACCAAAGACUAAUUAAUGACCUAAUAAAUAAACUAUAUACCUAUACAAGUUGUAAUAGUUUGAAAAACACCGGUGAAGUUUUGAUGAAUAGUUGUGGAAAUGAGGAUUUUAUUAAUGAGUUUAGGGUAGGUAACAUAAUUUUAUACGCUUUGCAACACAUCAGGGAUGAUAUAACCGGGGAAAUAAUUAUUAAUUUAUAA